AGUAUUGUUUUUUUAAAAAUGUCUUCGAAAACUAAGAUUGUAAUCCUCUCGGCGGGUAUCCGCGAUCUGCGGCGCAUCGAGGACCUCUUCGAGGCCAAAGGCACCUGGCACAUUGGAAAUAAACGAACUCCGCCACUGGGGGCUAUAUUCCAUGAGCAUUUGACACAUCGGCUUCUGGUCUUUGACUCCGAGGAAACCAUGGUGCUUCUGGCCUACGCGGAGUUCAGUAACCAUCCUCCCAUACCGGUUCUGUGCAACGAUCUUUGGCUUUAUUGGCUGGAGGCCCGUUUCUGCCUGGAUCUGCCCAUUAGCCUGAUCAACACGAUGUUCCUCCAUUUCUUUAUAUGUAGAAAUGAGUAUCCAAACAUGCUGAAGCAAGUGGUUCAGGAGGUGUUCUAUGGCGAGCACAAGGUCAACUUCAUCAUGGUGGUCAGGCCACCAGAUCAGACGGAUAAAGAGUACGAGCCGGCUCUGAAGUUGGGCAAAACCUUUUAUCCCAUGUCCUCCAAGCUUUCUGAGCAGAUGCAUCAGCCGUCGAUAAUUAUUAUCCGUAGGAAGGAAAUAAUGCCAGCUAUAUCUUUUCGAAAAGCACUGCCUGAGGACAACGACGACAUCGUCGAGAUGAUUGAUUCGGAGGAUCCGCACCUGCGAAAGACCCACGGGGACUAUUAUAUUGCAGAGCAAUUGUUGAAUGUGGAUGGAUCGGCGGAUAAUGACAAAAUCAUUAUAGCCGAGUUUGAGGAGGAAAUAGAGGACAAUGUCAAGGGAGCGGGACUGAUGUGGCUUUCGGACUCUAUCGAUGUGGUAGACCUGGCCACUAACUUUCAUCUGAACCGUUUGGGAAACCUGGCCAGAUACACUCCAGGAGGCCACCACGGUCAUGUUCAUUUCGAUGUCUUUUCAGUAGAGAAAAAAGCGUACAAGGAGCUAUACGCUCCAUCCAAAAUGGAACAAAUGCUUAUUGAGUAUUCACCGUCGCAUAUUGAGGGGCACACUGCGAACGAAGGACAAGUAGUGCCAUCAAAAAAAUUAGUCCUUUCCAAAUUUAAACACAUUUACGAUGAACUUCGCCACGGAAGAUACUACAUCAAUGCCUUUCAGGAAAGAUUGGAGAUAGGUUUCGAUAUGCCUCCCGGUGAAAACUUAAGUCCCGAAAAUAUAAGAGCAGUCCUAAAAAACGCCCGCAACGGAUUCCUCCUAAAGAUGUUCCAGCUGCACCCACUGGUUCGAUCCGAAUACACCUUCUUCAGCCUGUCCGCCAUGUUCAGUGCCUUUCCCGAGCACGAUUACUGCGUGACGAAGGUGCCCACCACCACCACCAUGAGUCCCUGCCAGCGCGAGUUGCUGCGUUUCUUUUUGCCUGUGCCAUAUCGUCCCAAUAGCUCCGUAACCGACAACCUCUUUGUGGCACAUCGCAGCACUUUGUUUGGAGAUCUCAGCAUUUACCGCGUGGAGAGACACGAUGUCGAGGACAUCAAAUUGAUUAUCACAUCUCACUACCACAGAAGAGAAACUGUCGACGCCGAGGAGGAAGAUGAAGGGCUUGAUCCAUACAUCGAAGAAGUCCUUGACACGGUCCAGCUAAUGCUCAAUGAUAUAUUCGACAAUCCCCGAACCAACCUCAGCUGUUUCAUGAUACGCUGCGGCACCUCCAAGAACAUAUCCGAUUGUUCGGUUGUGGGUUUCGUAUUUUUGAAACCGUUUUUUUUCUACGACGACUUGAUUAAGUUCUUCAUGCUGCCUCAGGAUCAGUUUCAUCUGACCCACAAUCGCGGCGAGGUCUUGAUGAUUAAGUUGCAUCCAUUUUUCCAGAUGUGGGCCGAUCCUAUAUUCCGCACUGUGGCGUUACACGAGAACUAUUUGGAGCUGUUCUACUUUAAUCACUUUUGGGGAACAACGUUGCCAAACGAUCUGACCAGCUAUAUGAUGCCCAUUGAGCCGCGUCGCAUGAAGAAGAAUCUCUUCGAUAAGUAUCAUUUCAACUUGCCUAGACAUCCAUUGCAGCAAUCCAACACCGAAGGAUGCUCCAGUCGCGUUAGAGUCUUCUGUCACAAUCUAAAGGUAAACAAGUAUCUUGGUUUCAAAGGAUCUUUGGUGGUUGUAGGUUUCUCGGAGACUUGUCGAUGUUUUUUGCGCAUUGUAAUCUUUGCCUGGAAUACAAAAGAUCUGCACAACUACCAGAGGUACAACUGUAUUCCCAGUGUGGAUAUUACGGUGGUGGUGCCACACGGAGUGCUGGAGGCGGCCUACGACUGUGACUUUAACUGCAAGUACUGUGGCGGACACAGGUACUGCUACGUGAACACCGGCAACCUGAAUCCCUUUGUCAGAGACUCGAUGCAGCGCAUGGAUCUGAGGCAAUGGGUGCGAUUCGUUCCCGGGAACAUCCAGCGCAUUGAUAGGGAGAACAACAUGCUGGAGUUAGUAAGUGGCUGCAAGAUCCACUAUGAAAAGUUGUUGCUGAUGGAUGCGUCCAGGUACGGGUUUGAGGACAGGGAGUUCCAGGUUAAAAGUCCUCCACUAAACUAUGUGAAGAGCCACCACCGGCUGGACAGGAUUAUCUUCUAUCACAAACUUCAGGAAAUAGUCUCAACAUUGGAAUCGUUCACCAUUAUAGUCUACGGCUAUGGAAUGUGCGUCUACGAGUCCAUUCACUUUAUGGUCACGCACGGCUGCCCAGCUGAACACAUCAUCUAUGUCCAGCCCAAUGUUCCGCAGGGACCUGAGGUGCUGCUGAAUCCCGAGACGGACUCACGACUAGACCCUAUUUUCCUGGACAUGAUAGCAGAUAUGGGGGUCACGAUCUAUCUGUCAACGAACUAUCAAAGGCUCGUUCUGGAUGUUACGCACACCUUUAUCGAAAAAGUGGAGUUUAUUGGAAUACCCAGCAGGACAAAGUUAACCUUAACUUGCGACCUGUUCGUGAACUUUAAUACCAUAUUGUUGACUUCAGAGAUGGAGAGAAUCCUCUCUGAGUGCGACAUUAAGAUGAAAAAUCGGAAGAUCGUGGUCAACUCACACUAUUGCACCAACGAUCCGAAUAUCUAUGCCGGUGGGCGGUACGUGGAAAUCGAACCGACUCCUAAUUUCCAGUUCAACUACAUCUCCGCCCAAGAAAGAGCCGAAAAGUUGGCCUACGAAUUAAAUGUCGUAAAGGGUCCGAUGCAGGCCAGAUACUCCAGGCCCCACAUGUUCACGGGAAUGCUCCCCAUGAAUUACCAGAUCAUAAAGGUCAUCCAACCCAGGCCCCUGAUGGUGGGUCAGCUUACGGCGGACUAUGCUGAGAGCAUGACCACCUUUGACGACGGCGAUUUCUGCCGGGUUCGGAUCAACAGCCAGCUGGUGGUCAUCGAGAUUGUGUGCGUCACCAAGAAGGAGAAACGGCUGUACUUCCUGGAGUACUUUUGCGGCAAGCAUGUCCUGCUGCUGAACGAUUUGCGCAACCGUUACCAAGCCGGUUGGAUCACGAACUUUCUGGAGUUCUUCCAACGCCCCUGGACAGAGCUCAUAAUGCACGACAGAUUCGAAGAGCUUCAGCUCAAGAAUCGGAGGGUCCUGCUCUCCAUGCUGCUGAUGAACACCGGCGAGGCUGCGAAUGCCACUCAAAAGCUUAGAGGCAGUGUGGAGAACAUUCAAAGGCAGAGGCUCGAGGAGAACGUAAUCGAAUUCGUUCGAACCAAUCGAAGGGACUUCAUUCACGCCUUUGCCCUGCCCGAGGAUUGGGGCGUUUUCAAUCUUUAAUUUGGUCGGGGCUUUAUAUUUUCGCAAUUCUUUGUUGCCCUUCCUAGAAUGCUUCUCGUUUGCGAAUAAAACGCUUCUUAAAUGUUAA